ACUGGGGUGGUGGGUGUGGGGUUCCCGGCCGGCCCCGGACACGCCGGCUAUGAAGCCGGGGCCGGGACGUUGAGCGGCGGCCGAGAAGGGCACUUUGAAUUGCUGUCUUUUUACAGCAUGGACACCAGGUUGUUAACAACUUGCUUUGGGACUUCCAGUAACUUCAUUUUUGGGGAUUUUAUGACAGAUUUGCUAGUGUCUCCUUUUUGUGAGUUGAUGUUCUGAAGUUACUGUCACAAUGAGUUCAGGCCUAUGGAGCCAAGAGAAGGUUACUUCACCUUACUGGGAAGAACGGAUUUUUUAUCUGCUUCUUCAAGAAUGCAGUGUAACAGACAAACAGACACAGAAACUCCUAAAAGUACCCAAAGGAAGUAUAGGACAGUACAUCCAAGACCGUUCUGUGGGGCAUUCAAGAGUUCCUUCUGCAAAAGGCAAGAAAAAUCAGAUUGGAUUAAAAAUCUUAGAGCAACCGCACGCAGUUCUAUUUGUUGAUGAAAAGGAUGUUGUAGAAAUCACUGAGAAAUUUACAGAGUUACUGUUGGCAAUUACCAACUGUGAGGAGAGGCUCAGCCUAUUUAGAAACAGAAUUCGACUAACUAAAGGCCUCCAGGUAGAUGUGGGCAGCCCUGUGAAAGUACAGCUGCGAUCUGGGGAAGAGAAAUUUCCAGGAGUUGUACGCUUCAGAGGACCGUUAUUAGCGGAGAGGACAGUGUCGGGGAUUUUCUUUGGAGUAGAAUUGCUGGAAGAAGGUCGUGGCCAAGGUUUCACUGAUGGGGUAUAUCAAGGGAAACAGCUUUUUCAGUGUGAUGAAGAUUGUGGCGUGUUUGUGGCAUUGGACAAGCUGGAGCCCAUAGACGACGAUGACAAUGGAUUGGAAAGUGAUUUUGCAGCCCCGGGGGAUACAAUGCAGGCUGAACCUCCCCCUUUGGAAAUAAACUCCAGAGUAUCUCUGAAGGUUGGAGAAAGUGUAGAAUCUGGAACAGUGAUAUUCUGUGAUGUUUUGCCAGGAAAAGAGAGUCUAGGAUAUUUUGUUGGUGUGGACAUGGAUAACCCUAUUGGCAACUGGGAUGGAAGGUUUGAUGGAGUACAACUUUGUAGCUUUGCAAGUGUUGAAAGUACAAUUCUUCUGCACAUCAAUGAUAUCAUUCCAGCUUAUUUUAGAGCAAUGGAGGAUGAAUGUGCGGGCUGUACAGAUGGCACGUUCAGGGGCACGCGCUAUUUCACCUGCGCCGUGAAGAAGGCCCUGUUCGUGAAACUGAAGAGCUGCAGACCUGACUCUAGGUUUGCUUCCCUGCAGCCUGUUUCUAAUCAGAUUGAAAGGUGUAAUUCUUUAGGUAAUUGGAUACUUUUAAUUUAUUUACCCAUCUGGAAUGACUGGUCUCCAGGUACUGAGCACAGGGCCUGUGUGGAAAAUAUUCUUUUAUUUUGCAGUUUAUUUGCUUUUAGUUCUGUCCUGGAUACUGUGUUGCUCAGACCCAAAGAAAAGAAUGAUGUAGAGUAUUAUAGUGAGACCCAGGAGCUACUGAGGACAGCAAUAGUUAAUCCUCUGAGAAUUCUGGGCAGUGCAUUCUGUAAAAUGAUGGGACUCAUUUGGAAUCAUGCACUACAAGGUAGCAAUGACAUUGCACUAGAAACAAAUCCUGAAGAAUUUCUAAAUAUCCUGUUUCAUGAUAUUUUAAGGGUUGAGCCAUUGUUAAAAAUAAGAUCAGCAGGUCAGAAAGUCCAAGACUGCAACUUCUAUCAGAUCUUUAUGGAAAAAAAUGAGAAAGUUGGAGUUCCUACAAUUCAACAGUUACUAGAAUGGUCUUUUAUCAACAGUAACCUGAAAUUUGCAGAGGCACCAUCAUGCUUGAUUAUUCAGAUGCCUCGGUUUGGAAAAGACUUCAAAAUGUUCAAAAAAAUUUUCCCUUCUCUAGAAUUAAAUAUAACGGAUUUGCUUGAAGACAGAGAGCUCUCUCUCUCCUUAGGGGGUCAGAAUGGCUUCAACAUUCCACAAGUGACACCCUGCCCCAAAGUGGGAGAGUACUUGAAGAUGUCUCUGGAGGAGCUGCACUCCUUGGAUUCCAGAAGGAUUCAAGGCUGUGCACGCAGACUUCUUUGUGACGCAUACAUGUGCAUGUACCAGAGUCCAACCAUGAGCUUGUACAAAUAACACGUCAUCUGAAAGGGGCAGAGGCCAAGCACAAAGCUUAACACCAUGUUUCUUCCAGCUGGCACCCAUUGCCGGCAAUGGGUGUCUUUUGUGUUGAUGGCCCUUUAGCAAAGGAUUCCUGUGUUUUUAAACAAAUUACUUUUGUGUUCUUGAAGUAUUUAAUAAGC